UUGGCCAAGAAGUACAAGGUGCCCUGCGGAUAAGUCUGUUCUCCCCGACAUUAACAGUGAUUUCUUUUCGGCUUGCGGAAGUGUAAAAAAGCCCAGAAUAAAGAAGCGGAGUUACCAAGACCAGAUCCAUCAUGAAACUCCACCUAAUUGCGCUUGUUUGUAGCGCCCUCGCCUUGGUCGAGGCCCAAAACUAUCCCCAGCGCUUGAGCAUCCCCGGAGCGGUGGCAUCACCUGGAUCACAACCGCACCGCCAGCCCGUACUACGGGUCCGUCGUCCAGGACCUUCGCUGCGCCAGCAAAAUGCUAUCCUGCCAGCGGUGACGCAACGCAUCGCUCUUGAGGAGCCACGUCCAGUGACAGAGGCGGAGGAAGAUGAGCAGCCAGAGCCAUAUCUCCCGAAUAUUUUGAGGGAGCAACAGCUGGCCCAGGCUCAGCAAUCGCAGUUCCAGCAGGCAGCCGCCGCCUUUCUGGCUGGCCAGCAACCCGUUGAGCAACCCUCGCCGGUGCAACAAUUCCUCCAGACCGAGGACUCCCAGCCGGCAGCCAUCCUGCCCGCUCCUGCUCGCUUCCCUGCCGAACGUCCCUCCAUUCCGACGCCUUUGAACCGUCCUUCCGCCUUCAACGACUUUGGAAUCGGUCGGUUCGAAAACUCACAGAGAUUCGGUUUGGAGCGACCCACGCCUACGGCAGCUGCUCCUCCACCACCGCCUCCACAACCCCAUCGAGUUGCCGUGGUUCGAACGAGACCAGCGUCCGCUGCAGUCCUGCGUCCUGAGCCACUAGCACCACAGCCUGUGGCCAGGCCACGCCCUAAGCCCGUCCAGCCGCGUCCCAUCAUUGAUCAGAAUCAACUGCAAGACGAUCGCGCCGAGCAGCAGCAGCAACAGCGACGCCGGCAACCUGUUUCCCAGACCAUUCGCAAAUGGCGCGAGGAGAACGAAGAUGGAAGCAUCACAUGGGGCUACGAGAACGACGAUGGAUCCUUCAAGGAGGAGUUGAUCGGCACAGACUGCAUCACCAAGGGCACCUAUGGAUACAUCGAUCCUGAUGGCAACAAACGCGAGUACCACUACGAGACGGGAAUCAAGUGCGACCCCAACAAUCGAAACACUGAGGAGGAGCUGCAGGAGAACGGGUUCAUCAACUACGAGGAGAACCGCGCCGUGCUGCCCAACGGUCUGGAGAUCGACAUGACGCAGCUGGGCAAGAAAAAGUCGAAGCGCCCGAACGGCAUCUACAGGAACUGAUCAUUCCCAGAACACA